UGGAUAUCGAAGCAACAUUGAUGUUAUACUAAUAUUUUACUCCACUACAAGCUACAGACUGUGUACAUCAUACUGGAUAAUUCAAAGUAACAGAACUCUCGCCAUGUAGACGGAUUAUUAGAAUUAAUGAUUUUUGGUAUAUUACAAUAAGUUAACAUUUGCGGACAUUUAACGCAAUUUAUCAACUCGGCCACUUCGUGAGUGUCCUAUCAACUUGGGCUUACAGCUCUUCAUACCUAUAAUGGAAUAAUAAAUAAACGGCUGGACAAAUUCAAAACCUGCAGGACAGAAUUUGAAGUAAUAGUCGAUAUAAGCGAUAGAAUAUUUUAUGCGAAAAGUAAUCGUCAAAAUAGUAAUUUAAAUAAUUAAUGUUUGUCAAAAGGAGAAGGUCAUUAUAUAUUAGGCCAAUGAAGUCAAAAUUUUGAACAUUCUCCCAAUUGACAACAGGCGUAUUGCACACAGAGAACCCUAGGAUCAUGGAUUUUGGCAUUUGGAUGAUCAUUUUGUGGGGUUUGGGUAUAUUUGAUGAGAUUCUGGCAGGAAAAGUGAAAUAUACCGUCAAAAUAGGUAUAGUGAUUAACAAAGAGGACGAGUGUGGUCUAGUUGUAAAGCAAACUUGGGAAGAGAUGAGGUUCGUGAUAGAAAGAGAUAAGGGUGCUUCUUAUGACAUGGUCACACUAGAUGGAGGACAGAAGCAUACACUGGAUAAUUUAUUGGAAGCUCGUCGCCACUUUUCCCGUAAACGAUACGCAAUCCUGAUUGGUUGUCACGAUGACGUCACUCAGACCAUAGCCAAUAAGUUCAAAGUACCCUAUAUAGUGCUGGAGCCACCGGGUCAAGGUCGUCGCGUGAUAGGGUUCAAUAAUGUAUAUCACAUUUCUCCCCACUAUGAAAUCCACUUACAAGCAGCAAGUGACAUACUGUAUGAAUAUCGGUGGUCCAAACUUGCAAUUAUAUACAGUGACACAAUAGGUUUACAUCUAAUUGGGGACAUGAUGACAAAAUACCAAGUGCAGGCGUGUCGCCUGACGCGGAAAUCGAGCGACCGCAGCGUGGAUAUGGAUAUCCAGAAGUGCCUUCUGAAACUAAGACAGGGAGAAUUUGCUAACAUAUUAGUUAACGCAGAUGGGGGCUACUUAGCUCGAAUUCUUUAUCAGGCUAUGAAGCUAAGUAUGCUUUCCGAUCGUUAUUCCUGGGUGGUCAUGAACCUGGACAGCGAUUCUAGAAAUCUUUCCGAGGAAUUUGGGUACACUCAAGUCAACCUAACUGGUUUGAGUAUCGUAGAUGAAAAUUACACUGCAACUCUUCUCAAUCGUGGUCCGAAACGUUUAUCAUACAAUAAAGCACUUAGCGUUGACGCCAUUAAUCUCGUUUUAGAGUCGGUUGCUAAGAUACGAGAAACAUGGCGUCAUAGAAAUUUAUCUGUGGCGUGUCGUGGAAGUGGGUGUGUUCAACCCGUACCCAAGGAUGAUAUAGCAAGGGCAAUUAAAUAUGCCAAUAUGAGAGGAGUCACUGGUCGGAUUCACUUCGACGAAGACGGUUACAGAAACAAUGUCUCGAUGCAAGUACAGGGUCUUACGGAAAAUGGCAUUAAAAGGAUAGGUACGUGGAGACAGAAUGAAAACAUAUUUGAAAGAAGGCUACAGAUGCCAGCACCAAACCUGACGGCUUAUUCCGAUACAGAGAACGUCCUAGCGAAAUACAGACCGAUCAAAGUUGUGACUUUAUUGGAGAGCCCAUUUGUUAUGCUAAAGAAAGAACAUGCAACUUUAAUCGGAAAUGACAGAUAUGAAGGAUUUCUGGUCGACCUACUCGCAGAGGUUGCGAAAAAACUUGGAUUUACUGAUUACUAUGAAAUAUACGAAGUCCCGGAUGGAAAAUAUGGCUCAAAGGGCAAGGAUGGAAAGUGGAAUGGUAUUAUACAUCAGCUUGAGAUUUGCAAUGCAACGAUGAGCUUUGCGGCCACUUCUAUUACGUCAGAAAGAGAAGAGGUUAUCGAUUUCACUAAACCAUACAAGGAUUUAACAUAUAGUAUUCUAAUGAAGAGACCCAAAAGGAAAGCGACAAUGUUUCAGUUCCUUACACCAUUUUCUGGUGCUUUAUGGGCACUUAUGGGUGUAGCAAUUGUCGUUGUAAGUGUGAUGAUAUUCUUAAUGGACAGAUUUGUACCAAAUAAUCUGGUUCACCAUGCUGACCACACUCGCUUCAAUGCACAAGAAAGCACGUGGUUUACUUAUUCAUCAUUGGUCGGAAUUGGACCGGAAGUGUACCCACGAACUAUUUCCGGUCGAGUGCUGGCCGCCAUCUGGUGGUUCUUUUCUUUGAUACUCAUAUCUUCAUAUACUGCAAACCUUGCAGCAUUCUUAACUGUUUCAAAGAUAGAAACACCCAUAAAGUCAGUAGCCGACCUGGCUGUACAAACUAAAAUAGGAUAUGGUACAGUUCAAAACACAUACUGUGAAACAUUCUUCAGAAAGUCAAAUAUUGAGUAUUUAACAAAAAUGUGGACGUAUAUGUCAGAGGUAGCCCCUGACUCUAGAGUAAAGAAUUCUUCAGAGGGUAUAAAUAAGGUUCUGACUGGAUCUUAUGCUUUUAUGUUUGACACUCCGAUAUUGCAGUAUGCCACCACCCAGGAGUGUGACGCAAUGAUAGUGGGUGAACCCUUUAAUAAGAGAGGGUAUGGAAUAGGGGUACCAAGAGGGGCACAAUAUAGGGAUGCCAUAUCAAAAGAAAUUCUUAUCCUACAAGAAGAACAGAUUGUCAAAAAACUCGAAAACAAGUGGUGGGGCAAUGCAAAGUGCGAAGAAUUCAAAAGUGUCAUCCCCGCAGGUACUGAAUCCCUCCCAAUUGAGAACAUUUCCGGAAUCUUCUUCGUACUGAUUGGCGGUAUAAUCCUUGCAGUGAUCGUCUGCUUCUUCGAAUUCAUACUGGCAAGGAGAAAGAAUAAACUUCAUAAGAAUUCAAAGAUUACUUCAACGAAGCGCCAUUCCUCUGUAACAGAUGCCUCGGAUGAAACCAAGAACUUUAUAAAUCCAGUGACUAACAUACCAUCCCAAGUUAUACUUACUAAUGGAAAUACAGAUAAACAAAUGGACAAAGAAAGUUCGAUUUAGAAAUUUUGUAGAUUAAAGAUGGCGAUAGUUACUUAUAAAUGUUUUUAUACAAUAUUAUUGUGUGUGAUCAACAAUUUAUGUUUAUAGAUAUUUGGACAGCGUUGAACCGGAGACACGUAACAUCUAAAAUAUACGUAUCUCUGGUUUUAUGUUAAUAUGUUUGAAAUAAAUUCGAU